AUGGAUUCCCUUCUUCAGCAGGUAGCAUCGUCUCUUCCUGAUGCGUUCCAACACGUCUUGGCGUGUUUGAAAGAAGACAAUGCAUUCACUCGUCGUCUUGGGUCUCUCCCCUCGGAUGCAGACUUGUCCCUGACUCUCACUCUGCAACGCAGAUUAACCGAUCCAUUCGAAUCUCUUCCCUGGCUGGCCCUUGAAGCAAUCCUUAUCAAUCUGCAUAAUCUGCCCACGCUACAUCAAUUGUAUCAAGCUUCGCCAGCAGUCGCAAGCUAUCUCCAGAGCUCCCCUGCAUUCUUCGCAAAGAUUGUGGAAGCAAUCAUGACACAUCGGGACCGGAAGCAAGACACAGGACUUGACCGCGAUAUCCAAGUUCAGCUUCGAGCACUGGUAUAUCUAUGGUGGAGUGACGAGACUGCUAGAAUAGGGGUUUCGUCGGAGGGAAACCCAUUACAACAAUCUUAUUUUGAUGUUAUGAUUUGCUGGAUGCACGUGCCUGAACACGUUAUCCCUCUCAUCCCGCCGUUGAUAGGCAAUGUUCCAUUCCCUCAAACAACACCCCCAAGACUUCUUUACCGUCUCCUUGUAGUUGUGAGCGCGAUUCGGGGUGAUGCACAUGCCUUCUUCCAUGGCUGUAUCAAACUUUGCUUGUCUACCAAAAUAGAGCGCCCCAAGAAUCGACAGAGACCUUGGCGAAAGAAUGAACCCAGGCCCCCAGGAGUCCGACUCUACAGCUACCUAGAGGAGGACUGUGCUCCGUCUUGGAUGGAGGAACAGCGCCUGAUGCAAGCUUUCUUGAAACCAUGGCUAUUCGUUGCACUACGACAGGCUGUGUGUGAAAGGCGAACCCUAAGCGACUAUGUCAUUCGCAACAACUUCUUGAGACGUGCAGUGGCAGCGACUCUGCUUGAUCUGAAGAAAGGCGCAUUGGAGAACUUCUGGGGAUCUCGCUUUGGUGGAGGGCCAGUAUAUGAGAACGAGCAAUUCCAGGCAGCACUGGCCUGGAAGGCGCUAGACAAACCACUACACGGAGCAAAGCCAAGAAACUUUCAAACAUGUUGUAAAGACUUGACUCCUUUGAAUUGUGUGCAACUCACCCAGCACGAUCAGAUUCGACGUGUCCAUGCUCCAGGAUGCCUUUGGGCACAAAAAUGCUACGUCCUAUCCCAUUCUGGCAUCUCGCAGGCUGGCAGAAGAGGGGACUUUCGGCAUUUCGGUGUCGGCUUCUUUGAUGAAUACAGAAUGAUUGCAUUGGGGCUCAUGCUUCCACAAAUUGAGCGCUAUACGGACCGCAGGGACAUUGCCUAUCGGUGGUGUUCCCUUCUGCUACCGACACCAGAUGCAAAUGACGAGACCAAUACCGAUGCAACUAAGGCCCGUGGACACAUUCGCCCAGAGGAAUUCACAAAUAUUUACUAA